AUGGAUGACUUCUCAAAUGUGUCUUCUGUUUUGACACUAGAAGGCUUCAAUAUCCCCACUGAAAGUGCAUUUUCCGCAUUUAUUUUCGCCAUACUGAGCUAUAUGGUCAUUCUCUUCUGUAAUCUGGUCCUGAUUCUCACCAUCAUCCUCAAUAGGAGUCUCCACCAGCCCAUGUACCUUCUGCUGCUAAACCUACCCAUCAAUGACCUUAUAGGCUCCACGGCACUCUUUACACAGCUCAUCAAAGAGCUUUUACUUGACACAAGGACCAUUCAAUACUCUGCUUGUGUCACACAAGCUUUCUUUAUUCAUGUCUAUGUAACAGGAUCUGUGUUCAUUCUGACUGCUAUGGCGUAUGACAGAUACAUUGCCAUAUGUUCCCCUUUGAGGUACAACACAUUGAUGACCAAUGCUCAUCUCAGGAAAAUCAUCACACUGCUAUGGGUGUGUGACUUGAUGUUAAUUGGAGUGCUCUUUUUCCUGCUGCUUCGAUUACCACGCUGCAGAUCUCUGAUGUCACACCCAUACUGUGACAAUCCCUCCCUGUUGAAACUGGUCUGUGCUAACACAGCCAUCAAUAACAUCUAUGGACUCUUUAUUACUGCCCUCUUGCAGGUCAUAGUUGUUUCUUCCAUCCUCUACACUUACGUUCAGAUACUUGUCACCUGUUUUAGAAACAAAGGAUCAGCUGACACUAAAAGCAAAGCUCUGCAGACUUGUGCUACACAUUUAAUUGCUUUUAUCCUCUUAGAGUGUUUAGGUCUUCUCACUAUUAUUUCAUACAGACUGAGCCAAUUUUCGCCGCAGUUACGGAGACUCAUAGGAGUUUCCACAGUAAUUUUCCCCCCAACUUUAAAUCCAAUCAUAUAUGGUCUUAAAACAAAGGAUAUCAGAGUAAAAGCAAUUCAUUUCUUGCGGACAAAGAUCUUUCCAUCCUAG